AUGACUGCAUUCUCUUUCGUCCUCUCUCUCUCUCCAUUUUCAGACAACACAGCGAGCAUCAUCGCACGGCGGAGGCAGUUCAGUCGGCUCGUCCAGGAGCUGUAUGAGCUGCCCAUAGCGGUGUGGGAUGGUGGAGAGCCGGCGCUGAGUGGCACUAGCACGCUGACCCUGCGGGUGUGCCCGUGCCAGCUCAACGGGAGGGUGCAGACGUGCCAGGAUGAGAGGGGCCUCCUCUCCUCGGCAGGCCUAAGCACAGGGGCCCUGAUCGCCAUCCUGUUGUGCAUCGUCAUCCUGCUGGGUAGGUGUUGCCUGGGUCUGGGUAACAUGAAGUCUAGGGGCAUGGUGGAGGGUAUGGGCCGCCUGGUUGGCAUCACACCUGAGGGGCAUAGUGGUGGGGAUGGGUGCAUGCCUGGGGGGCAUCAUGCCCUAGGGCACGGUAGUGGAAAACCUGGGGGGCAUCUUGUCUGAGGGGCAUGGUGGUGGAGGGUAUGGGCGUUAAAAUGCCUAGAGGCAUGGUGAAGGGUAGGGAGGAGAUUAGCAGGAGGAGGUGGAGACUUAAAGAGGGAUGAAUGGAAGGGUAAGGAAUGACACAGGUGGGUUGUAGAAUGAGGGAGGAUAGGGAGAAGGUCAGGAUGAUGGAGAAGUAGAGAACGGAGAGUGAGUGAGUUGGACCAGAUGGGUAGCUGGAUGUGUGAAGAAUGAUGGACUGAGAGGAGAAUAGAAGAAGGUAAAGGAAAGGACAAGGAGACUUGAGAGAAAUGUGCAUAAAGAGGGAUAGAGCUGUGUUAGACCUAUCCAGAAAUGUUUUGCUGCUCUGUAUUUACUACUUUAGGAAAAACACACUAUUUAAGUUAAAGAUUGAAUCCACAGUAGGGAAAACAGAGCCACAGUCCAUAUUGUGCUGUUUGUGUAUGCAAUGAUGUCAGAGUAAAAUAAAAAUAGUUUGCAGUAACUUCUUUGUUGUUGUAGUAUUGCAAAGGGGGCAGUUUCACCAUUAAAGGGGAACUCCACUCAAAAAUCAUAAUUUUUUCAUUAGUCUACUGUUCAUACAGUCCCAAAAUGUUUUACAUCUCAGCAGUCAAGUCUUCAAGAUAUUGGACCUUCAAGAAGCAAAAUGUCACCGGCCACAUCAUCAUGAUGAUGCAAAACACUUUGCUUCUUGAAAGUCCAAUAUCUACCAAACUUGACUGCUGACAUGCAAAACAUGUAUGGAUUCCAGCUUUAAAUUAAUGUGUUGUAAAGUAAAUGCUGUAUAAUAAGAGAUCAAAUAGAAUUAAUCAAAGUUCCCACAGAAAAUAACCAACAACUUUCCCCUUUCAGCAAAGGGGUUACGACACUACCACCACUGCCAAAUACCAACAUAUAGUCUCUCUAGCAAACAGAACAGUAGUAGGACAGGAGAGAGAGCGUGUAUAGUUAACAGAAUCUGCCAUCUCUCACUCACCCCCUCUCCCUUGAUUGUCUGUGGACAUCGGUGCGUGAAGGUGAUGCAUAUUCAUAUCAGCAGUCUCAGCAUGGCUUUGCCGGAGUCUGAGGCUCACAGCAACUAAAGGCCAUCAUCACUGUUUGGAGCGAACGCAUGAGCGAGAGACUGCACCUGCAUGACUAAUCAUCAGCAGGAGAGAGAUUGAUGGAAGGAGGGAGAGAGAGAAUGACAGGGACAGUGAUAGAGAGAGAGAGACAGAGAGAGGCUUAUCGAGUUACUUUGGCUGGUGGAGGAAGAUUGAGAUUAGGUGGGGAAGGGAGUGUUAGUGUGAGACAAAGCUGUUUCAUGCUUGAACAUGGGCGUGAGAGAGACAGACAGACAGACAGACAGAAAAAUACAGAAAAAGAGAGCGGUACAAAAGACAGAGAAAGAGAAAGAGACAGAGGGAGAGAGAGAGGGAGAUGUAUAGAUGUUAUAGAAACACAACAGGGUGAGAGAAAAAAAAACAUUUAGCAGGAGAACACAACACACAACAUACACACAGACAGACACACAACAGUGCUACUUCAUCAGAGAUGAGAAAGCUCUCACUUCGCAUGUGUUAAAACAUGUUGCAUCCUGAGAUAGGGUGCCCAAAACAUUGGCACUGGUAGGCUGCUAGCUAGCUGCUGUAUGUGUGUCUGAUGUUAAAUAGUUCCCUUGCCAUUAACACCUGUAGGAGAAGUUAAAUAGUGUUGUGAUACAAGGAUUUCCCCUUUUGAUCCUCUCAACAUGAAUGUUUUACAGGGAUGGAAGGGAGAAGUCUAUUGGUCUGCCAAUGCAGCAGGAUGAUCUAAUUUUACUGAUUAUACUGAGUUUGCAUCCCAAAUGGCACCCUAUUCCUUUUAUACUGUAGUGCACUACUUUGACCAGAGCCCUAUUGGUUCAAUAGUGCUCUGUUUUAUAGAGCCAUUUGAGACGCAGUGAGAGUUUACUUUUCAUUGAAUGACCGUUUUAUUAACAUCAUCAUCAUUAACGCAGAAACCAUAACCCUGUUAACUCCAGUACAUGUUCAUGAUACAGUAGUUCUACUUCAGCAAAUGAAGUAUUCUCCUCAAGAGUUCAUUUGCGAGUUAGAUACACUAUUAUGCACAUCAUCAUCAGAUGUUGUGGAUGUCGCUUAGCUACACACUUAUCACCGCUGCUAUAGUGGUAAACAAGGUUAAUUUGAAGGAUACUUCAUGUCCCACAUGGCACCCUUUUCUCUAAAUAGUGCACUACAUUUGACUAGAACUCCAUAGACCCUGGUCAAAGGAAAUGCACUAUAUAGGGAAUAGGGUGGCAUUUGGGAUUCGGUUACUUAUUGUAUAGUUAAAGUACCUCAAUCAAUGUCAUAAAAUGGAGUGGAGAUGGUGUUGUUGUUACAGUGCUGGUAUAAUGCCCUCACGAUCCACUCACCCUGAUAUUGAAUUUUGGCUGAGCGUUCCUGUUAAAUCUGUUCCAGAGAUGCUCAGUCUAUAAUGAGAAGAUUCUCAUAGCAGCUUGCAUUGAGAGCAUCAUUACAGCUAAUACCAAUGAUGGCUAAUGUGUAUUAUUGAUUUACACUAUGCCACACUCAUCUAGCUCCUGUGCCUUGAUGAAGAAUCAGGAAUGAAUAUGCAUUAUUAUAAAAAAUAGUGAAUGUUUCAGAGCCUACGUUCCAAAUGUCACCCUAUUCCUACAGUGGGGAAAAAAAGUAUUUAGUCAGCCACCAAUUGUGCAAGUUCUCCCACUUAAAAAGAUGAGAGAGGCCUGUAAUUUUCAUCAUAGGUACACGUCAACUAUGACAGACAAAAUGAGGAAAAAAAAUCCAGAAAAUCACAUUGUAGGAUUUUUAAUGAAUUUAUUGGCAUAUGAUGGUGGAAAAUAAGUAUUUGGUCAAUAACAAAAGUUUCUCAAUACUUUGUUAUAUACCCUUUGUUGGCAAUGACACAGGUCAAACGUUUUCUGUAAGUCUUCACAAGGUUUUCACACACUGUUGCUGGUAUUUUGGCCCAUUCCUCCAUGCAGAUCUCCUCUAGAGCAGUGAUGUUUUGGGGCUGUCGCUGGGCAACACAGACUUUCAACUCCCUCCAAAGAUUUUCUAUGGGGUUGAGAUCUGGAGACUGGCUAGGCCACUCCAGGACCUUGAAAUGCUUCUUACGAAGCCACUCCUUCGUUGCCCGGGCGGUGUGUUUGGGAUCAUUGUCAUGCUGAAAGACCCAGCCACGUUUCAUCUUCAAUGCCCUUGCUGAUGGAAGGAGGUUUUCAUUCAAAAUCUCACGAUACAUGGCCCCAUUCAUUCUUUCCUUUACACGGAUCAGUCGUCCUGGUCCCUUUGCAGAAAAACAGCCCCAAAGCAUGAUGUUUCCAACCCCAUGCUUCACAGUAGGUAUGGUGUUCUUUGGAUGCAACUCAGCAUUCUUUGUCCUCCAAACAUGACGAGUUGAGUUUUUACCAAAAAGUGAUAUUUUGGUUUCAUCUGACCAUAUGACAUUCUCCCAAUCCUCUUCUGGAUCAUCCAAAUGCACUUCAGACGGGCCUGGACAUGUACUGGCUUAAGCAGGGGGACACGUCUCGCACUGCAGGAUUUGAGUCCCUGGCGGCGUAGUGUGUUACUGAUGGUUGGCUUUGUUACUUUGGUCCCAGCUCUCUGCAGGUCAUUCACUAGGUCCCCCCGUGUGGUUCUGGGAUUUUUGCUCACCAUUCUUGUGAUCAUUUUGACCCCACGGGGUGAGAUCUUGCGUGGAGCCCCAGAUCGAGGGAGAUUAUCAGUGGUCUUGUAUGUCUUCCAUUUCCUAAUAAUUGCUCCCACAGUUGAUUUCUUCAAACCAAGCUGCUUACCUAUUGCAGAUUCAGUCUUCCCAGCCUGGUGCAGGUCUACAAUUUUGUUUUUGGUGUCCUUUGACAGCUCUUUGGUCUUGGCCAUUGUGACGUUUGGAGUGUGACUGUUUGAGGUUGUGGACAGGUGUCUUUUAUACUGAUAACAAGUUCAAACAGGUGCCAUUAAUACAGGUAACGAGUGGAGGACAGAGGAGCCUCUUAAAGAAGAAGUUACAGGUCUGUAAGAGCCAGAAAUCUUGCUUGUUUGUAGGUGACCAAAUACUUAUUUUCCACCAUAAUUUGCAAAUAAAUUCAUUAAAAAUCCUACAAUGGGAUUUUCUGAUUUUUUUUUUCUCAAUUUGUCUGUCAUAGUUGACGUGUACCUAUGAUGAAAAUUACAGGCCUCUCUCAUCUUUUUAAGUGGGAGAACUUGCACAAUUGGUGGCUGACUAAAUACUUUUUUUCCCCACUGUAUAUAGUGCACAACUUUUGACCAGACCCCUAUGGGCCCUGGUUCAAAGUAGUGCACUAUAUAGGGAAUAGGAUGCAACUUGAGACAUACAGAGCUUUUAUUUUGCUAGCUGUUUACGACCCAUAACAUGUUCAUUUAUUAUGAAUGAAAAACCAACAUAGCGACACCGCAUGCAGAGCAUGGCGUUAGCAUUGCCAUCAGACUUGGAUAUCACAGUGAACCUCGACUGAUAAAGAUGUGGUGUUGUUAAACCAACCGUUUUGUUUUUGUUGUUUCCAUUACUGUUGUUGCUGUUUACAUUACGUCUGAUGUUGUUUACAUUACUGUUGUUGUUGUGGCAUGGUGUUUUUGCUUGUCACUCUCUUCUGCAGCAAUCGUGGUUCUGUUUACCACUGUUGUUGGCGUUGUUUCUAUUACUGUUGUUGUUGUUGUUGUUGUUGUUGAGACGACGUCUCUCUUUGUCUUCCUCCAGCGAUCGUGGUUCUGUUCAUCACCCUGCGGCGGAGCAAGAAGGAGCCCCUCAUCAUCUCAGAGGAAGACGUCCGCGAGAAUGUGGUAACAUACGACGAUGAGGGGGGUGGCGAGGAGGACACUGAGGCCUUCGACAUCAUCACCCUGCGGAACCCCGCCGCCGCUGAGGAGCUCAAGUUCAGACGGGACAUCCAGCCGGAGGCAGCCCGACAACACGGGCAAAACCGGGACCACCACAGUCCCCCGGAACUGAACCAGGUGGAUGUGCAGGAGUUUAUUAAACAAAGAGUGGUGGAGGCGGACAUGGACACUAGCGGUCCUCCCUAUGACUCCCUCCAGACCUACGCAUACGAGGGUCAAGGGUCUCCGACAGGCUCCAUCAGCUCUCCGGACUCCCCGGGAACACAAUCAGAACAGGAUUAUAACUACCUGGACGACUGGGGGCCUGAGUUUCAGAAACUGGCAGAACUCUACGGGGAAGAUAUGGAUGUAGCAGAGUCAGAUGUUGCGGUGACAGCGGAGACCUAG